CCCCACACUGUGGCCCUUCUCUCAGAACCUCUGAGAUUGGUACCCAGGCAAGGCACAAUGCCCAUGUCCCCAACAAGACUGCCUAGUCCCUAUGGCUCUGAUCGGCUGGUACGGCUAGCAGCCAGGCUCCGGCCAGCACUGUGUGAUACCCUGAUCACAGUGGGGAGCCAGGAGUUCCCUGCCCACAGCCUGGUGCUGGCAGGUGUGAGCCAGCAACUGGGUCGCAGGGGUCACUGGGCUCUGGUGAAAGGCAUCAGCCCUUCCACCUUUGCCCAACUUCUGCACUUUGUUUAUGGGGAGAGCCUAGAGCUGCAACCUGGGGAACUGGGGCGCCUUGAGGAGGCAGCCAGAGCAUUAGGGGUGCAGUCCCUGGAAGAGGCAUGCAUGAGGGCUCGAAGAGAUACAGCCAGAGAAGAGGUGGGUCCAGGGCUGAAGGAAAGAGAUACAGCCAGAGAAGAGGUGGGUCCAGGGCUGAAGGAACAACAGGAGGAGCCAGAGAAACCCACAAGGGAUUCUAUGAGAGGAGUGGGGGGCUUUGGAGAGAAGCAGAGACCACAGAAGUUUGUUAGAGCUGGUGGGAAAGAACAGGAGACGUUGCACAGGCACAGGCCACCAAGAGAGAGCCCUGAGAUGGCAGAGGCAACUCUGGAGGAUCAAGGGGAGCAGAUGAGACCAGAGGAGAAACUCAACCAAUCCCCUGUUGGCCGCAGAGGAGCAAAUGGGAAGCAAGAAGUGAUCAUGUGGGUGAGGGAGAGUCCAGGGGGCUCUGAGGAAAGUCUGCGGGAGUUCCCUGGCCCCCUUCCCCCACCAGGUUCCCUCCAAACCGGCAUCACCCCUAGGCCCUGGUGGGCUGAGGCCCCUUGGUUGGGGGAGGGCCAGCCUGCCCUGUGGAGCAUCCUGCUGUUGCCGCCCAGAUAUGGCACUCCCUUCUCCCAUAGCACCCCCAUGACUGCAGCCCGGCAGGAGGUCUGGCCUCAGGACCAGAGAAAGGAAUUGGCCGGGAUCCCAGGUGUAGCCAAAGCUGUAACUCUUCCCCAUCCCACUCCCAGGAGCCCACUCUCCCUGAACCUCCACAAAGGCCUCUGGAACCAGAACCAGUUGGCCUCCUGCAGCCCCACCCCAGGUUCCCUCCCCCAGGGCCCCACACAGCUCAGCCCUGGGGAGAUGGAAGAGUCUGAUCAGAGGCACACAGGUGAACUUGCAACCUGUGUGGGUCAUGUGGGCACAGCAAGCCACGCAUCUCAACAACACCCUCCCCCACCCCCUCCUGCUCGGUCUCGGCCCUAUUCUUGUUCUGUCUGUGGAAAGAGGUUUUCACUCAAACAUCAGAUGGAGACGCACUACCGUGUCCACACAGGAGAGAAGCCCUUCUCCUGUAGCCUCUGUCCCCAGCGCUCCCGGGACUUCUCAGCCAUGACCAAGCACCUGCGGACGCACGGGGCCGCACCCUACCGCUGCCCUCUGUGCCAGGCCGGCUGCCCCAGCCUGGCCUCCAUGCAGACGCACAUGCGCGGCCACUCGCCCAGCCAGCUCCCGCCGGGAUGGACCAUUCGCUCCACCUUCCUCUACUCCUCCUCCUCCUCCUCCUCGAGGCCAUCUCGGGCCUCGACCUCUCCCUGUAGGCCCCCUUCCUCAACCACCUGACAGGGUGUCAGUAGCUUCUUUGGCUUCAGCCACCGUACAGAAUAA